AUGGCAAAAAAUAUCUCAAUACAAAAGAGGCUCAAACCAUUUCUAAUCAAGGCAACCAAUGACGCAGUGCGUGGAUAUGUAUUCGGAUCAGUAUUCGGGAUGUUUGUACCAGGGAAUAGGUCACUUUCUGAGUCUAUGCAUGCGUCAGGGAAAACAUUUGCAAAAAUGUCACUGGUUUUCACUGCAACUGAAUUCGCCUGUGAAAUUGUGAGAAAUAAAAAAGACGCCUACAACACUGUCAUAUCUGGAACGGUAGCUGGUGCAAUGACAUGCAAGAAGCAUCCAUUUCUCUCUGCUGCCGUAUUUGGUGCAUAUUCCGGGAUAUCUGAGUACUUGAAGGAAUAUUAA